CCAAUGACCAAAGCCUUAAAAGAUUGUUUCAAAGCAAAACCAAAGAGGGUUAAAAUGCACACGCGUGUGGUUUGCGUGUUUUUUGUAGUUUUUCGCAUCGCUGCCGGAGUAGUCGUUCUCGUAAAGGACGAUGCACACUCUUUCCUGGACCGCAAAAAACGUGCAAAUUCAGGGUACCUCGAGGAACUAAAGCAGGGAAAUCUAGAGCGCGAAUGCAUCGAGGAGAUCUGUAAUUACGAGGAGGCCCGGGAGGUGUUUGAAGACGACACAAUGACGAAACAGUUCUGGAUGACUUAUCAUGCUCGCGAGCCAUGUUUGGCGAACCCUUGCAAAAACAAUGGGACGUGUAUUUACUUAGGCGACACUUACCAGUGCCAGUGUCUGGAGGGUUUUGAAGGCGCAUAUUGUCAAGAAGUAUUUGAGGACACACUGAAGUGCUUGUAUCUGAAUGGUGGUUGUGAGCAGUUCUGUGACGGCUCUGGUCCUCGUCGAACCUGUGGAUGUGCCCAUGGUUACUCUAUUGGAGAAGACGGGAAAUCUUGUGUUGCUCAAGUCCAGUAUCCCUGUGGGAAGAUACCACAUCAGGGCUCUAAUCAGACAGGUCAGUUACAGACACGACUUGUUGGUGGAAACCAGUGCCCCAAAGGCCAUUGUCCAUGGCAGGUACUGUUGCAGCACAAAGGCCAAAGUCUCUGUGGUGGAGUCUUAGUGGAUGAUCGAUGGGUGGUCACUGCUGCCCACUGCCUCGACAAGAAAAAUGCAAAAGACUUAACUGUGGUUACAGGCGAACAUGACCUUGAAGUGCAGGAAGGGUCAGAGCAGAAAAUCCCAGUUUCCCAAAUAAUUGUGCGUGAGAGUUAUGACCCCGGAAGCAUGGACAGUGACCUGGCCCUGUUGCGUCUGAGUGAACCUGCUGUGUUCUCCGCCCACUCCGUGCCCAUUUGCCUCCCGACACGAGCGUUUGCCGAGAGCGAGCUAUCCGCCGUCCGUUUCCACAAAAUCAGUGGCUGGGGACGGCGCACCGAAGGCGGGAACAUCCAUCUCCCUCAGAGUCCCGUUAAACCGACCUCACCCAUCCUCCGUCAGCUAGACGUCCCUGUCUUGCUGACCCCUCAGUGUGCGCUCAAGAGUGGAGUGAACAUCACAGACAAUAUGUUCUGUGCUGGUUACAUGGAAGGGAACCAGGAGUCAUGCAGAGGAGAUGAUGGAAGCCCAUUGGUGACUCAGUACAAGGGGACCUACUUCUUGAGUGGUGUGGUGUCCUGGGGUAGAGGCUGUGCCCAUCCAGGCUACUAUGGGAUAUACACCAAAGUGUCCAACUUCCUUGACUGGCUGCAGGAACGUAUGGCCGCCCCUCCACCUACUCUGGUGAAUGCCCAAAACCAGGCCCAGAGCCUCACUGGCUCAGCAGCGCCUCCUCUUGUUCAACAGAAGAAAAUGCCAUAGUAUGUUUUAGCCUAAGCCUGUGGUUUUUCAACUGUAGUAUCACUGCUGGUUGAGCUAAUCAAGGAUUGAUCAUUAGUCAGUCAGUGGAGUCAUGUGAGCUAGUGCUGAAAUCGAGGGCGGGGGAGCUCUGAGGAGACAGGGAACCAUUGCUAAGUCAGCGUGGGGCUGGGGGGGGGGGGGGGGGGGGGGGGGCAGGAGUUUAAAAAUACUGGCUUAAGCUUCUGCAUGAUUGUUAGAAAUAAAACUGUUGGAAAUAAAGGAGAUCCAAAAAUGA